GCAAAUUUCUAUUUGAAAAAGCUAGCCUUUGCUUUCCUAACUGAUUGUGUAUAUUGGUUCCUGACUUCCCUGAAAAGUUGCAUAUCGCUGGGGCUGUUCGAUGCUAAUGCAGUACGCCACAGGAUGUUUUUGUGCUGGUCAAGGGCAGUCAAGUCUGGGGUUAACCAGGGGCUAUAUCUGUUCUUAGUUCUUAAUUUUUUGAAUGGGGCAUGCUUAUUUAAGACGGAGAGGAAAGCACUUUUGAAGAACAUCCAGGCAUCCUCUACUGAUGGAAUGAGGUCAAUAUCCAUCCAGGAUACCCGGGCCAGGUCAAUUAGAAAGGCCUGCUCGCUGAAGUUUUUUAGGGAGCGUUUGACAGUGAUGAGGGGGUGGUUGUUUGACCUGCGGACCCAUUACGGACGCAGGCAGUGAUCGCUGAGAUCCUGGUUGAAGACAGCGGAGGUGUAUUUAGAGGGUAAAUUAGUCAGGAUGAUGUCUAUGAGGGUACCCAUGUUUACGGAUUUAGGGUUGUACCUGGUAGGUUCCUUGAUCAUUUGUGUGAGAUUGAGGGCAUCUAGUUUGGAUUGUAGGAAGGCCGGGGUGUUAAGCAUAUCCCAAUUUAGGUCACCAAGCAGUACGAACUCUGAGGAUAAAUGGGGGGCAAUCAAUUCACAUAUGGUGUCCAGGGCACAACUGGGGGCUGAGGGGGGUCUGUAGCAAGCGGCAACAGUGAGAGACUUAUUUCUGGAAAGGUGGAUUUUUAGAAGUAGAAGCUCAAACUGUUUGGGCACAGACCUGGAUAGUAUGAUAGAGCUCUGCAGGCUAUCUCUACAGUAGAUUGCAACUCCGCCCCCUUUGGCAGUUCCAUCUAGACGGAAAAUGUUAUAGUUGGGGAUGGACAUUUCUGUUGAAACCACAUCAGACGAUUACGUCGGCAGACCAGUCGUGAUGGAUGCGGGGUUUGUGUCAACACUAGGAGGUCCCGUCUGGUUGACAGAGAUGUAGAUAGCCGGGAGAUGGGCCUGAUUCGAGGCUAGCUCAAGGCUAACUGGUACGUCGGGACAAUGGUGAUUAGCCAACAACAGCCAAUCGGUUGCAGCUAGCUAGUUGCGAUGGUCCGGUGUUAAGGUCCAGUGAUUCAGUGAUUCCGGCAGAAAAUCCGAUAUGCUCUGGGUCGAUAGCACGCUAUGCAGACUGGCCUAUAAUUGUUCAGGCUAGAGCUGGCUGGUAGGUAGUGCAGGCCACGGACAGUGGUGAAGACCGCUAACGGUGGCUAAUAGCAAGUAGCUAGUUAGCUGGCUAGUUUCAGCCGUAGGUUCUUGAUAAAAAUAAAGAAAUAAUAGAAUCCGUUCCACAUUGGGUGAGGUGGGUUGCAGGAAAGUAUAUUUUAUUAAGUGAUGGAAAGUGAGAGAAAUAUAUAACAAAAAAAAAAAAAAAAAAAAAAAAAACAGGCUAUUUACACGAGGACACAACACAAACACAACCACACUACUACGACAUCUUGGAUUAAUUAAUACCAUGAUCAAGCAUUACGUCAGUUACCGUGAUCAAGCAUUACGUCAGUUACCGUGAUCAAGCACUAUGUCAGUAUGAAAAAAAUUAAAUGUAUGCACUCACUAACUGUAAGUCGCUCUGGAUAAGAGCGUCUGCUAAAUGACUAAAAUGUAUAAUGUAAAUGUCAGUUACAUAAUCAUUAUUUCAGUUACCAUGAUCAAGCAUUAUGUCAGUUACCAUGAUCAAGCAUUAUGUCAGUUACCAUGAUCAAGCAUUAUGUCAGUUACCAUGUUCAAGCAUUAUGUCAGUUACCAUGAUCAAGCAUUAUGUCAGUUACCAUGAUCAAGCAUUAUGUCAGUUACCAUGAUCAUUACAUCAGUUACCAUGAUCAAGCAUUAUGUCAGUUACCAUGAUCAAGCAUUACCUCACUUACAGUGCAUUCAGAAAGUAUUCACACCCCUUGACUUUUUCCAAAUGUUGUUACGUUACAUCCUUAUUCUAAAAUGGAUUACAUUUUUGUUGUUUUUCCUCAUCAAUCUACACACAAUACCCCAUAACGACAAAGCAAAAACAGGUUUUUAGAAAUGUCUGCAAAUGUAUUAAAAAUAAAAAACGGAAAUAUUGCAUUUACAUAAGUAUUCAGACCAUUUACUCAGUACUUUGUUGAAGCACCUUUGGCAGUGAUUACAGCUUCUAGUCUUCUUGGGUAUGACGCUACAGGAAAAAUACACACAUAAUAGUACAAUUGGUUAGAGGGCUGUAAAACGGCUAGUCUCCCAGUCCCUCUGCUGAAAAACAUCCCCACAGCAUGAUGCUGCCACCACCAUGCUUCACCGUAGGGAUGGUAACAAGUUUCCUCCAGACAUGAUGCUUGGCAUGCAGGCCAAAGAGUUCAAUCUUGGUUUAAUCAGACCAGAGAAUCUUGUUUCUCAUAGUCUGAGAGUCUUUAGGUUUCUUUUGGCAAACUCCAAGCGGGCUGUCAUGUGCCUUUUACUGAGGAGUGGCUUCCGUCUGGCCACUCUACCAUAAAGGCCUGAUUGGUGGAGUGCUGCAGAGAUGGUUGUCCUUCUGGAAGGUUCUCACAUCUCCACAGAGUAACUCUGGAGCUCUGUCAGAGUGACCAUUGGGUUCUUGGUCACCUCCCUGACCAAGGCCCUUCUCCCCCGAUUGCUCAGUUUGGCCGGGCGGCCAGCUCUAGGAAGAGUCUUGGUGGUUCAACACUUCUUCCAUUUCAGAACGAUGGAGGCCACUGUGUUCUUGGGGACCUUCAAUGCUGCAGACAUUUGUUGGUACCCUUCCCCAGAUCUGUGCCUCGACACAAUCCUGUCUCGGAGCUCUACGGACAAUUCCUUCGACCUCAUGGCUUGGUUUUUGAUCUGACAUGCACUGUCAACUGUGGGACCUUAUAUAGACAGGUGUGUGCCUUUCCAAAUCAUGUCCAAUCAAUUGAAUUUACCACAGGUGGACUCCAAUCAAGUUGUAGAAACAUCUCAAGGAUGAUCAAUGGAAACAGGAUGCACCUGAGCUCAAUUUCGAGUCCCAUAGCAAAGGGUCUGAAUACUUAUGUAAAUAAGGUAUUUCUAUGUUUUAUUUUUAAUACAUUUGGAAACAUUUCUCUAAAUCUGUUUUCGCUUUGUCAUUAUCAGGUAUUUUGUGUAGAUCAAUGAGGAUUUUUUUUUUUUUUUAAUCUAUUUUAAAAUAAGGCUGUAAUGUAACAAAAUGUGGAAAAAGUCAAGGGGUCUGAAUACUUUCGGAGUGCACUGUCCCAUGAUCAAGCAUUACGUCAGUUACCAUGAUCAAGCAUUACUUCAGGCUGUGUUUAUGGGUUGUUUUUGUGUGUUUCAGCCAGGAGAUGUGUGAUGACAGUCUGAACUUCACGAUGUGUCCACUGUGUGAUACAGUGUGCGACUACUGGAAGCUGAGUUCCGUCUGUUCGUUGACUCGCGCCUCAUACCUGUUUGACAACGGAGCUACCACCCUCUUCGCCAUCUUCAUGUCCCUCUGG